GUGAAAAGUGACCAAGAGUUCAUUGCUCGACACUCGGAAAAUACUACGAAAAUACAGCCUCUUAAUCAUAAGAAUUGCGAAUAAACUAUCGUCAGCUCUAAAAAAGAAUAUUCGAUAAAUAAGACAUCAUGGGUUCAAGCACGAGAAAGAAGAAGGAAAAGGCCAAGGACUUUGCGAAACCAAAGUUCAAGGUGGGAAAGGCCAAGGCCAAGCCUACCAACUUCACAGACACCAGUUUCAAGGCAAAGUCUAUCGCCAUGGGCCACCAGAAGCUAUCAACUGAAGCCCCUGACAACGCCACCCAAUUCAAGCACAACCUCUCAUUAGCCUCUACAUCAAGAGCAGACAAGCAGCGCAAAGAAUCUCUGGCCCACCUGACGAGCCAGGUGCUGGCAGACAACAACCCCGUCGGAACCGCAACAGUGCUGAGCAAGCUUCUGCCCCUGAUCUCAGACGCCUCAGGUCCUGUUCGCAGCCAGCUGCUAAAGCUGUUCCGAGCCCUGCCUGAGGCGGAGGUCAAACAUCACGCCGAAAAGUGCAUCAUGUAUACCCGUGCAGGAAUGACCCACCUUUCUGCCGACAUCAGCAACGACUCGCUAUCCGUUCUCGAGUGGCUUCUGGAUGUCGCAGAAGACGAGACCGUCAGCUGCCCGGGCGGUUGGGUAAAGACCCUCAACAGCUUCUGCGCGCUAAUGGGCUGGACCGUGAAGACGAGCUCGGGUUGGUCAACCGCGCCCAAGACAGGCCUCCGCACAAAGGACGCACAGUCUCACGCGAGGCAGGUCGCCGUGCUGGCUAGGUUUCUGCGGGCGGGACUCAAGCCUGAGAUUGCGGGGCCGAGUAACCCCAACGCCUAUGCGGACAAUAUGUACCGGGUGCCCCGGACGCCGAACCCUUUUGCGUACCUGAACCUCUUUGGGACUCGCCGGGACGAGGAAGCUGAGAUGUAUAAUGACCGCGAGUCACGGCAACGGGUAUUCCACAGGAGAUUCAUGGAUUCGUUCCAGCGAGGCGUGGAGCAGUCUAAGAAGGAGGGCGGCACCAUCGGUCGAUCGGCCGUUGCAUUGGAUCAGGCCUUGACCGAAGGUCUAAGCGGGUACGAGGCGACGUCUGCUGUUGAGCCUCAAGAUCUCCUUGAUCUGUGGUGAAGGAUUUGGCCCCACAAAUUUACAAUCGUCUACAAUCUUUGCCGGUCUCAGCAACCUGUCCCACAAGAUUGCCUGCUCACAUCAGCCUCCCCCGCAGUAUUGGAGGUUCCAGUCACUGCCGCUGAACCUGAGUGCUCGAGUACCUGCGUCCUGCCUCUCGGAGCAAAGUAAAGCGCCGGAAGGUUUUUUCCGAGAUAGAAAGAUUCCGGACUUCAUCGCGAGAAGACUAGACGUUUGCUUUAUUGGAAUUGGCGGACGGAACGAAGUGCUAUUUAAGCCGCUAAGUAAGUUCUAAGAGCGUCGUCAUCCGCUACCUCAUAUCCUGUAGCAUCCAUAGAUGGAUACGUUAAUGAUACCCAUCUCACCUCGGUGAGACCCCUGUUGUCUAAAAAAUGCAAGAGACUGAGGGACAUCUCUCAGGUGAAUGAAUGUCCUUUGGAAUCAUAUAG